UAAUAACAGGAUCAAGGGGAACUCGUAAACCUGGGACAGCAACACCAUUUAGGGUGAGUUUAUACUCAGUUGCCUCUGUAAUGUUAUAGUUUGACUUCCACGUCCGUAGUUUGCACAUAUACACGAUAGCAUGUACCUGCAACUACUGCCGUAGCUAGCUAGCGGCUAACUAGUUACAUGCUAUCAGUCUUCACCAGGGUUGCAGAACAGGAGACACACACCAUGUCAGGGAGUACAAUCAUAAACCAAAAACGUCACAUUGGACUUCAAAAGCUCACCGCCCUUUCAACCCUUGCCCAUUCAUUUCUGGGCCCCGACAAGAGACACAAGUUCAUUCACGACGACGAGAGUGGCGACUCCGUGUUGGUGUGUUCUUGUUUUCGCCUCCUGCAGCACUUAGACCUGAGCUGCUCCGUGAGCCAGCUGGUCAGCGAGACUCUCCGGUCCCACCAGAAGGUCUACCACACUGGGACAGGGUGCCUGCUGUUCCUCGCCGGUGCCUGGGGCAGUGCAGCGCUGGAAUGCCUCCACAGAGACGUGGCCGUUCCACACAUCGUCUCCGCCAUGUCUGAGGGUCUGGAGGUGUGUCUGGACGCCUGUGGGAGAAGCAGUGUGUCCGUAGAGGAUGCUGUGUGUGCCUUAGCUGGGCUGGAGGCACCAGACAGCGUCACGCUAGGCCCGCGAGGUUCAAAGGUCGACCCAUCGCAGACAGCUGCCCUGGCUCCCUCCUCCUCACCGCCAGAACAUCCCAGGACUGGGAUGUUGCUCAACAGGAAACAAAGGAAAAUAAAACUGACUCACAGCAGGCAUUUCUGUUCAGAUGAGCCUGAGAACAGCAUAAGAGUGCCGUUAACCCCUUCACCGGAUCCUAAAGAUGUUGACAUCAGUCAUCUCGCUCCGGGUGUGAGUCAUGGGAGUGAGAUCAUGAAGUUGGUGGUUGAGGCCAGCAGGAUGCAGUCAGAGAACACAGGAAGUGUUGGUUGCCGUGGAGUGUUUGAUGUAAACAAGCUGAUAACGUGUACCCUAUCUGGCUUGUCAGAAGACUGCACGUGUGUUCAGCUUGGCUGUGUCGUCCAGCUAUCUGACGAGCAAGCUUCCCUGGUUCGUGUUCUGCAAAGACAGAGGCUGAAUGUUGCUUUGAUUAACGGAGAUCUCGGUGAAAGCUACCAUCAUCUCGGCUUCACCAAGCCGGCAAACGUCAGACUUGUGUCUCACGAGCUGGACGUAACUGGUCGCGGCAAAGAAGACGAGUGGAUAGACAAAGUUUUGACAAUACUAUUGACAUUAGAUGUGAAUCUGGUGUUAGUCCACGGGGUAGUGAAUGAAAAAAUGUCUCAGCAGUGUACGGAACAUUCCGUCCUCGUAAUCGAGAGGAUGAAGCCGGCCAUUUUGAAAGACUUUGCAGAAACGACAGGAGCCGUCGCUGUCUCUUACGCCACGCAGCUGAGCAGAUACUGCGUGGGCACCGGGGCUCGCGUCAGCACAUGGAGAGACUUCAGUCAAAAUGGUGGCAAAACAUCGAUGGCUGUCAACGUGGCCGCCGACCACACUAAGCUGGUGACAGCCAUCCUCACCAGCCACGUACCUGCCAAGCUGCAGGCCCUGGACGACCAGUUCUGGGGCUGUGCCUAUCGUCUCCACCACGCCCUGGAAGACAGAAAGCUGCUCCCCGGAGCUGGAGAGGUAGAAGUCCACUGCCUCCACCACCUUCACAAGCACAUUGAGGUCCGCAGAGGACAGAGACAAGACAAGGCUACUGAUAACCCAUACAGUGAUACUGUGCUUCAACUCAUGGCAGACGGUUUGAUGGACUUUACAUCUACCGUAAUGGCAAACGGCGGACAGUGCUCCAAAAUGGAGGCAUGGACUGCGAUCCGUAAUCGACUUCAACGUCUGGAUGGAUGUUUGGAAGCUCCUCAGUGCGAUCCCGCUGGGGUAAGACUGGGUUCCUCCCAUGUGCUUGGUGACGGACCAGCAGGGAAGAUCUAUGAUAACUACAGGGUGAAGAUGGAGGCGUGGAGGAGAGCCCUGGAUCUGGUUCUCCUCGUGCUCCUAACAGACACGGAGAUCAUCACAGGCAUGGAGCCUGAACCAGGAGAGGAAAAUAUCAUGACACUUUGAUGUUUGUUUCAAGUACAUCAGGAAACAGUUGUGUGUGUGUGUGCUCACAGUAAAAAAAAUAAAACACUUUUUUAAGUGUUUUAAAACACUACUAUAAGUAUGACUGUUCCUUAUGACUGAUUUUGCAUUUGUUAUCUUUUACUGUUCUUACAGUAUGUUUUCUAAGUGGGACAUGACCACCAGGGGGAGACAAACAAUACCAGACUUAUUCUUGCCAGUGGUUUCUCAUCAGCAACCUUGUAUGCCCAGUGGUUUACCAUGUUCAGGCAUGUAAUUUGACAUACAGACCUCAAUACAAUUCCGUCUCAGUCGCACAAGUUCACAAGCUUAAAGUAUUUGAUCUAUUAGUCAAGGUUACAUGUUGCAAAGAUAAACUGUGAAAAUGUGAUGUUUUCUUUCUACCGAGGAGAUUCAUCAGCGGCGCCUUCCUAACAGGUUAUUUCCUAACGGGGGAUGAAAAGGAAUGGUUACAAGCUCCUGGAGAAAUUGUGUCUAAUGUUCUAGAUCGUUAGCUUCCUUUUUUGUUCUUUACGUUGGUUUCUAAAUCGUGACGUUUGAUAUUGUUAAAGAUCUCUUGCUAGCCAGAGAUGGCCUCAUGACUGUCUCUUUCCUGUUUGACACAAGGAAAGGUUUACAGACAAGGAACUUCUCUAGACAGUUCAUGUUUGUGUCACGUCUGAUUCACAUCCGAAAAGUUCAAACUAUCAACGUUUCUCAUCAGGCCCUUGAAGCUGUAUUUGAAUAUAUAUUUGUCUUUUCUCCAGGAAUUCAUUAAAGUUAAAUGUGAGUUUAUGUUUCCAUCAGCCGUAUCAAAACAAAGGCGCUUCACAGCAAUCACCUAUAUGUCCGUCCUUUGCAUUGGAAAACAGUCUUCAACUUCAACCGAAAUGUCACAGUUGUGGGUGGAGGGGUUGGUUGGCACAUAAAAAUGAGACAGAAAAUGGCACAACUAACUUGUUGACACAUUUGGAAGUUCAGGUUAAGACCUGAAUGAUUUCUGUGUGUCUGCACGGUGGCCCAGCCCACUCCGUGUUCCACCAAACACUCAGAGCCUAAAUUCAUGCCAAACUAAAUUUUGGUGCAGUCUGAGUUCUAUGUCACUCAAUCAUUCACGCCUGCCAGGGUUUUUGUUCUUUUUUCACAUCUUUUGUAUGCUCUGUUAAUCACUGGCUUACAUGAAUGAACGACCAAGUGAUCCUGUCUGUAAACGUUGCCAGUC